CCGCGGUAAUUCUAUUUGUAAAGCAAAUAAUAUCAGCUAUGCUGAGUUCGCGGUACUACAGCGCGUCGCGCGUGGGCACGGACGCGGCGCCGCGCACGGCGAUGGUGGUGGACGAGGACGAGCUGUACGCGGGCUUCAACGACGUGGCCCCGGCGCUCGACACGCGCGCGCUGCGGGAUGACGCCGCUUUCCAGGAGUCGCUGCGGACGGCGGGACUGGCCAGGAAGAUGCCCAGCAGGCUGGGAACUGGGAUGUUCCGCCUGGGCACGGUGAGCGUGCGCGGCGGCAGCUCGCGCGCCGGCACCGCGGCGGCGCGGCCCGUCACCGCCGUGCGCGCCGCCGGCUACACCUCCGCCGCGCGCGACCUGCCCAGCCGCGAGGAACGCAAGGAGGACACAAUAGAGGAUAAGGUGAAGCAGAUGGAGGCUCGCAUCAUGACGCUAGUGGAGGAGUCGUGCAUGCUCAGCGCGCAGCCCGACCCGGACGACGAUACCACCAAGACCGAGCUCGACCUGGCUCAGGCGCUGGUCAAAGCACAGGAAGCGUCUACGUUGGAGCGCCAGCUGAUACGCAUGCAGGAGCAAGCUAACCUCGGCGACUCGCACAACUUGGACCUCACCUUCGCGGUAUUAUGCAAUCUCGCCGGGCAGUAUGCUGUCAACGAAAUGUACACCGAGGCACUGAACACCUACCAGCUGCUAACGCGGAACAAACUGUUCCCACACGCAAAUCGUCUCAAGGUGAACAUGGGUAACAUCUAUUUCAAAAUGGGCGAACAUCCUAAAGCACUCAAAUUGUACAGGAUGGCUUUAGAUCAGACUCCGACCGCUGAGAAGGAUUUAAGGAUGAAGGUGAUGCACAACAUAGGGCUGCUGCUGGUGCGCAUGGGCAAGUUCCGCGACGCCGUCACUAACUUCCAGCACAUCAUGCACGAGCAGGGCGAUUUCCAGACCGGUUUGCACCUAGUCCUGUGCUCGGUGGCCCUGAACGACGCGGAAGGCGGCAAGGCAGCCUUCCACGCAAUGCUGGACGUCGAGCCGCCCACGUACCACCAGGAUAUCACCGUCGAUGACGAGACCGAUUCCUACGAGUGUGUGGUCCGCGACGUGGUCCGCGUGGACCGGCUGUCGCGCUGGUCGCGGCGCGCCGCCGCCGACGCCGAGCGCUGCCUCGCGCUCGCCGCCGCCGCGCUGGUGCGCCCCGCCGAGCGCGACGGCGACACGGGCGGCAUGUCGUGGUGCGUGGAGGCGCUCCGCGGGUACUCGGGCGGCGCGGCGGGCGCGCGGCUGGAGCUGGGCGGCGCGCUGGCGGCGCUGCGAGCGCUGGGCCGCGCGCCGCUGUCGGCGGGGCUCAGGGCGCUGCAGCGGCUCAAGGCCGUGGCGCGCGCGCACCCCGGCGACCGAGUGCUGCGCGCCGAGGCGAACGCGGACGCGGCGUUCCUAGCUUAUGCGUUGGGAAAUUUCGCGGAAGCUCGGUCGCUGAGCGAGUCUGCGUCGCGUGACGACCCGUACUCGUGCCCCGCGCGGGUGACCGCCGCGCUGGCCGCCGCCGCCGCCGCCGGCGACGCCGACGCCGACGCCUGGCGGGACGCGGCGCAGCAGCUCACCGCGGCCAGCCAUCUUGAUCCCGCCGAUCUCAUCGCUAUGCACGACUUAGCGCUGGCAUUGGAGCGUAGCAGCUCCCACGCGGGCGCGACGGCGCGCUGGUCGCGCAUGCGCAGCGCGGGCGGCGCGGGCGGCACGCUGCGCGCGCUGGCCGCCGCCGCGCUCGCGCGCCGCGCCCGCGCCGCGCCCCAGCCCGCCGCGCCCGACCACUGGUACAACACAGUCGGCAGCUGGGACGCGGGCGUGACCUGCGCACUGGCGCAGUGGUACAGUGAGAUAGGCGACACGCAGACCGCCAAGCAUCACUACCAGGACGUGGAAGCGAUAUGGCCCUGCGAUGUGUCCGCGCUCGAGUGGCUGGCGGGCGAGGCGCGCGGCAGCGAGCCCGAGCUGGCGCUGCAGUACUACCGCCGCGCCGCCCGGCUGCAGCCCAGCAACCCGCAAUGGGGCCUGCUCAUGGGCGGUUGUCUGCGCGCCAGCGGCCGCUACCAGGAGGCGCUGUCGCUCUUCAAGAAAAUGAACGCUCGCUUUCCCGACAACGUGCAAUGUUUGAAGCUGAUAGUGAAGUUGUGCGGCGACCAGGGGCUCGCGGAGACGAGCGCCUGGUCGCGGGAGCUGCAGCGCGCGCAGGCCAGGCUCAAGCAAACUGAACGAGCCUCUAUACCUUCUGCUGGCAGCGGAUCAUCAGGUGCUAGCCAGUCUCCUAUAGAUCAAUUUCGAGGUCGAGUGGAGAGCGCUGGCGCGGCGCCGACCACGCCCGCGGCGCCCGCGUCGCGCACCGGCGACUCGCGCCGCAGCGCCCUCUCCCGAGGACACACGGGACAUUCCGGAGAUUCCAUCCAAGAAGUGCCGUCACUGAACCGGAGCGUGCACCGGUCAGAAGGCAGGAAGAAAAACGUUGAAGAGUAUGAUGACGACCUGCCCCUUCCGCCGGAGUAGAUCGACCUAAGCGACGUAGACCGAAUUAUAUAAAUUGUUAUAAUUGAACAAAAAAAUUGCAAUAAUGAAAUCACUUUAAAA